CGCGCUCGCGCUGGUGUCUCUCACAGGAAAUGACGUGAUGCCCUUGGUUAGCGUUACAGCGCGUGCUGACCGAGAGGCUAACGCUAGCAGGCUCACGCUUAUCAUGUAAAGUUAAAUUAAACAUUCCCUGUUCGCCUCAUUUCCCGGUUUUGUCCAAUAAAAUGCCUCUACAUAAGUACCCACCCAAAAUCUGGGAAACCCUGAAGCUGCAGACGGGCGUCUACGCCCGUUUACCCCAGCACUACCUGCGCUCUCUGCAGGACGCCACCCCUCCUUCACCUGUGCACUGGACACCUCUGGGUGUCAAAUACAAGCUGCUUUCCAAAUCUGGACACAGAGAGCGAGUGCAGGACGUGCCUAUCCCCGUCUAUCACCCACCCGAAUCACAGAGCGGACUCUGGGGCGGAGAAGGCUGGAUAUCUGGCUAUAGAUACGCAAACGAUGACAAGCUUUCUGCAAGAGUGCACAAAACCUGGAAGCCGCAGCUGUUUAAGAGAGAGCUGUACAGUGAGAUCCUCGACCAGACGUUCACUGUAACCAUCACCGCUCGUACGCUCGACCUUAUUGAUGCCGCUGUCGGCUUCGACUUCUACAUUCUCAAGACUCCGAAGCAAGAUUUGAACUCCAAGUUUGGAAUGGAUCUAAAACGUGCGAUGCUUUUACGUCUGGCACGGAAAGACAAAGAUCUGUACCCCGAUGAUCCGUCUCGCAGGGACAAAAUCUACAAGCGCUACAAGCAGUUUGAGAUCCCAGAAGAAGAGGCUGAAUGGGUGGGCUUGAGUCUAGAGGAAGCAGUAGAGAAACAGAGGCUGCUGGAAAAGAAGGAUCCAGAGCCUCUUCAUAAGAGUCUGGUGAAGAAGCUUGUGGAGGAGCUCACCAUUAAGAAGCUCUCAGAGCCUCAGAUUAUAAAGAAAAAAUGAUGACUCUUCUCUGCUUUGCCGUCAUACAGUCCGAAGAAUGAACCGUAUUGUAUUUAUUUUGUGUUAACAUCACCAACAGCUUGCUGAUAUUCUGUAAAUAUAUCAUUUUUUACUUAAUAAACAGGAGGAGAAAUGUA